AUGUUAAAAGGGUCAAUUUCUAACCAACUUCUCAAUUUUACAGCAGAAGAUGGUGACAAGUGGGAAAGUUGGCAUGCUUACGCACCUUUAUUUGAGGAAUUUAUGAUUUUAGGCCCUGAAGAUUUGGCUGUAAAUCCACAUCCUAAGGUAUUGUAUCAUUUCCCGGAAGAUUCUCAAACUGAACACAAUGCUUUAGCAAAAUUUCUAUUCGUUGACGGUGAAAAUUUCAGAAAUAUUGAUAUUUCUACAGAUCAUUUAGCAGAUAUCGAACUUUCAAGUGAUUACCCCGAACGUGAGCAAAUAGUAAUCACUCGAGGUGAAGCAGGUCGUACAACAUAUAUAUACUGUAUUCGCUUCAGAGGAUCAGCUUUUUCUCGUCCGGCAGUAAAUAAUGAAAAUUUACUAGACGAUGCGCACUUUUACAGAUCGAUAAAGGUUAUGCCAUCAUGUAUGUUUGCGUUUUGUAUAGUUUCUUAUCAUCCUUUUCAUUCUUUAUUAUUUCAUAUACUUAAUUUACUUUUAGAUAUAGAAACAAAAUACAGAAUUUCAUCUUACAACUUAAACAGCGCAGCACAUCUAUCAUAUUACAGAAAAAGCGGAAAAGGAGCAGAUAUCGUUUUUUGGCCAGAAUCUACUAUUGAAUUUCGAAAAGAAUGCCUCGAAACAUUUUAUCAGGCCUCUCUCCCAAUGUAUGGAGAGACAAUUUGCUUAUGUAUGAGCGGAUCUCGUCCUAUUUUUUGGAGAAUGCCAAAGAGAGAAGAUAUUGACAUACAGUUUGCUUGUUGGGGAAUAAGUACUCUUUUAGACUGGAUUUCUCUUGAUGAUUUAAUUACUUUACUUUCAUUUUUGUUAUUAGAGAAUUAUUUCGCAGUUGUUGGCACAAAUAUCGAAGCAAUCAGCAAAAUUACGACAGUACUACCUCAAUUAAUACUUCCUUUCUUCUGGACAUCUCCUGUUAUUUCAAUUCUUCCAAAAGAUCUUUUAGCUCUCUUGGAUUCACCUGUUCCUACCAUUCUCGGCAUAUAUAGCAAAUUUAGGAAACUAAUUCCAUCGCAUUACGUCAUUAUAGAUAUUGAUAAAAAACAUAUUUCGUAUCCGAACGAACCAAUGCUUAAAUUACCAAAGCAUAAGUUCCUUCGGAAUAUGCUUGCCCCAAUAUAUGAAGCUGGCCAAAUGAAUGUUGGAAUUGCUCAAAAUAUUCUUAGAAUUAUUUCGGAAUUCAUCAUAGAUACGAUUGUGAAGCAAGUUAUCUCUGCAUUGAUCACCAAGGUUAAUGAGAAGAAUACAGAGGGCACGAUGUAUCUUCCAGAUCUGUUUUAUUCCGUAUUUGACAAAGAAGAUCUUCCUUUCUUGAAGAAAAUGAACGAAACCCAGUAUUUCGUUGCUGCAAGAGAACAACUGUGCAGAAUGAAGACUUCAAUUAACUCUAACAAUCAAAGUUUUUCAUCUUUGAUGCAGCCAGAGGAAGGACCAAUAACAGCAUUCCAAAUAUGA